UCAAGCGACUAAUCGAUUGGUCAAGGAGCCAAGCUGGAGUUCUAUAGUACCGGGGCAAGCCCUCCAAACUUGGCUACUCUGUCCUCUGUCUCCCUCUCUCUCUCCUCUUCUCCAAGUGGGUGAGUGCUCCAUGAGCUAGUCUCAAGUGACCCCGGAGUCCGGUCACCGCCCCCAUGGCUUCCCCUCUCUUCUUCCUCUUCUUUCUUCUCUCCUCCAUCCCUGGCGGAGCACCGGAUCUGGUCUCCGACCGGGCCGCCCUCCUCGCCUUCCGCUCUUCCGUUGGCCGGGCGGUGCUCCCGUGGAAUGACUCCACGACGCCGUGCUCGUGGCUGGGCGUAGCCUGCGUCGCCGGCCGCGUGGCCGUCCUCCGCCUCCCUGCCGUCGGCCUUAUGGGUCAGAUUCCGGUGGGCACCGUCGGCAACCUGACGGCGCUCCGGACGCUGAGCCUCCGCUACAAUGCCCUCUCCGGCGGCCUCCCGGCGGACCUCGCCAAGUGUUCCCAGCUUCGGAACCUCUACCUCCAGGGCAACCGCUUCUCCGGCGAGAUCCCGGCAUUCCUGUUCUCGCUUCAGAACCUCGUCCGCCUUAACCUCGCGGGGAACGACUUCUCCGGCGGCGUCACGCAGGAGUUCAACAACCUCACCCGCCUCGGCACGCUCUACCUCGAGAGCAACCGGCUUUCGGGCGAGAUCCCGGAGCUGAACCUCCCGAAUCUGGCCUGGUUUAACGUAUCAUUCAACCAGCUCAACGGAUCUAUCCCGUCCAAGCUCCGGAAAAUGCCGGCAGAGGCGUUCAUGAAGACAGGGCUCUGCGGCGGGCCGCUGGGCCCCUGCCCGGGCGAGAUCCCGCCGUCGCCGUCGCCGUCGCCGGCGGCGGAGGGCCCGGCGGGCGUCGAGGGCGAGGCGAAGCACGACAAGAAGAAACUCUCCGGCGGAGCGAUAGCCGGAAUCGCGAUCGGAGCCGCCGCCGGAGUUUUAAUCAUUCUCAUCCUGGUGGUCCUUCUCUGUUGGAAGAGGAGCAGCAGCGCGGGUAAGACGAGGUCGCUGGAAGCUGUGCCGGUGGGCGCGAAGCCGCCGGAAGUGGCGGCGGCGGGGGGGGAUGGGGGGGCAGGGGAGGGAGGGAAUGGGAACGGGGCCAGCUCGUAUACGGCCGCGGCGUCGGCGAAGGGGGAAGCGGCGGGGAAGAAGCUAGUGUUUUUCGGGAGCGGGGAGAGGCCGUUCGAUCUGGAAGAUCUAUUAAGAGCUUCAGCGGAAGUACUGGGGAAGGGAACGUCCGGGACGGCGUACAAGGCGGUGCUGGAGAUGGGGACGACGGUGGCGGUGAAGAGGCUCAAGGACGUCAAUCUUGCGGAGAAGGAGUUCCGGGAGAGGAUCGAGGCCGUCGGCGCGAUGAACCACCCCAAUCUGGUGCCCCUCCGGGCCUACUACUACAGCAAGGACGAGAAGCUUCUUGUCUAUGAUUACAUGCCCAUGGGCAGCCUCUCCGCCCUCUUGCACGGGAACAGAGGAUCUGGUCGGACCCCUCUCAACUGGGACACACGAUCCAGCAUUGCUCUUGCCGCAGCCCGUGGCAUUGAGUACAUCCACUCGACGGGCCCUUCAGCCUCUCACGCCAACAUCAAGUCAUCCAACAUUUUGCUGACAAAGUCAUAUGAAGCCCGGGUGUCGGACCACGGGCUUGCCCUCCUUGUAGGUCCAGCCUCGGCUCCUACCCGCGUUGCUGGAUACCGGGCUCCAGAGGUCACCGAUGCGCAGAAGGUCUCCCAGAAGGCCGAUGUGUACAGCUUUGGAGUGCUUCUGUUGGAGCUGCUCACUGGCAAGGCCCCAGCACAAGCCCUCCUCAAUGAUGAGGGCGUCGACCUCCCGAGGUGGGUGCAAUCGGUUGUUCAGGAGGAGUGGACAUCGGAGGUGUUUGAUCUGGAGCUGCUGCGGUAUCAGAAUGUCGAGGAGGAGAUGGUGCAGCUCCUGCAGCUUGCUAUAGACUGUGCUGCUCAGUAUCCAGAUAGGCGGCCUACGAUAUCGGAGGUGGUGGUCCGGAUUGAGGAGAUCCGCAAUUCCAGCAUUGGAGCUGCAGACCGAGGCCAGCAGCAAGACCAGAGCAUGGAUGAUGGUGAUGACCAGUCCUCAAGGAGAACCAAUUCCAUCGAGGGGACCAAGCCCUCUGGGUCUGAGACUUGAGUUACGACCGAUCGCGGCCGGCAUGGACUCAUGGGCGAAUGAAUCUGGUGUCUAAUUGUCUGGUUGUGAGAUGGGAGGUGUUUAUUUUUCUUUCAUUUCUUAUGAUUAAGCAAACUGUGCAUGCUGUAUUUUUUUUUUCUCCAUAGCACAUGUAAUUGUUUUUCUUUCUGUUUUUCAGAAGGGGAUUGGCGUUUGUGUCUAGGAUGAAUACCUUAUGUUGAUGUUAUUGAUAGCUUAAGGAAUCCUUUUCCUUCUUCUCUUA